GACCGAAUCGCGCAUGUGUAUUUUAUUUUCAGAAUGGCCACAGCAGUGAUCGGACGGUGUAUAUUUGGACAGUUGAAUAAGCUGCAAAAAUGCAAAACUAUUGCCAAAGUUACCAACAUUCAAUGUAGAAAUAUCAGUAUCUCACAACGCCUUCUGGGUGUGAAGUACUUUACAGAGAAGCAUGAAUGGGUAGAAGUUAAUGGAGAAGUUGGCACAAUUGGGAUUUCAGAAUUUGCACAGGAUCAGCUGGGUGAAGUGGUUUAUGUACAGCUGCCCGAAAUAGACACAGAACUGGAGCUUGGUCAGGAAGCUGGAGUGUUAGAGAGUGUGAAAGCAGCCAGUGAGGUGUAUAGCCCUAUAUCAGGGGUGGUCACAGAAGCCAACACUGCUCUGGAAGAUGCGCCCAAACUCGUCAAUGAUUCCUGCUAUGAAAAAGGGUGGCUGUAUAAAAUGACCAUUAGAGAGCCCAGUGAGCUUGAUCAUCUGAUGAAGGAAGAGGAUUAUCUCAAGUUUAUCAAGGAUUAGCUCCCCAUGUCUGCUCUAACCAGCAGUAUUGGUCUUCUUUUUUAUACAUGUACCUAAUGGACAGAAAUUGGUGGAGUGGUUCUCAACACUAAUAUUCUUUUGUGUGUGUAGUUUAAGUAUAUUGUGUAUUGAUCUGAUCAGCAACUUUGAUUUAGUGAAGGUUUUUGACAAUAUAUGGUAGAAUCACACCUGUUGUAUUUUUACAAUGAUAAGAUUUUUUCUGCUUGAUUUAAAUGUUUGGAUUUUCAGUUGUGCAUGUGUUGAUUUUUUUUCAUCUUGGGUUUCUGUUUAUGUAUGAUGUACUUAUUUUACAGCACAUUAAAGUACAUAUGAUAUGUUAUUUUUAAACUCAUAUGACUGAUAGUUUUGUCUCCAUGCGUAUAUGUGACCAUAAACAUUAAGGAAAGGUAAUUUAAUCAAAGUACAAAUCAGAAAUGGCUCCGAGUUGAAAUGUUUUACAGUUUUCAUAAUUAUCAGCAUCUGCAUAUAACUUUGCUGUAUCAACUCUUGAGAAUAGUCUGACACCAAUUAUAAAAGCAUAUUUUGAGCCAGAACUAAUUGAUGUAAAAAAAAAAGUCAGGUGGCAAGUGUGAGACAAGGUCCUCUAUAAUGUAUCAAAUGCCAACUUGUGUAUCAACCAGUAGUGCAUGAAUAUGGCAUUAAUUGUUUUUUGGUCAAGUUCUACAUACAAAAAUUUACUUGGUUAAGCGUGUCUUUUUAAUAUUUCAUUUUAGAUUUUCUUUGAAUGUGUUCAAAUGUAUAUGAAUCUCUUUUCCUUUUUAUGAUAUAUGGAAGUUAAUCAACUUAUGUCAGUAAAGUAUGAACAGGCCAGUCAAGUGCUUUUAGACGUUUCUGCUUGAUAUUUAAAAACUGUAAUAUUUAUUGAUACAUUUUUUUUUUCUGUAUGACAUUUUCUCAGGAGUAAGGAAAUAAGAAGCAUGCAUUUGAUGUAAUGUAGAGGAAUAUAUGUGUGUAAUACUGUUUAUUUUGAAUUUACAGACAAUUAAGUCUUUAUUUUAAAUAGUGCUAAUUAGGAAAUGUAUGGUAACAUCCCUAUACAUGUGUGUUAUUGUUAUGAUGCUAAGAGUGUAUCUACAUGUAUUUCAUACAGGUGUAAAUCCUUCAUAUGUUAUGCAUUGGUCAAUAAAAGGUGGAGUGACAUUUAUAAAUACCAAAUAAAACUUGAUUCUUAUACAUGAA